UCCACAAAUAUCCGAUCAUUGACCACCAGUGGACUUUCUCUGUGUAGAAAUUUUAGAAAACCCCGGUCCGUGUUCUCAAGGGCAAAACGGGAACAAAAUCAUUUCAUUUGUGCAUUCAGGUUCCUUGGAUUUGAGCUCACCUUCAUCUCAGGCUUCGCGUUAUCGUCAGUAAUCAAUCAAGGGGGAAAGCUUGUUCUGAGCUGAUCCGUAGAAGCAUGGCUUUUUUGGCUGAGAUCUGCUGAUUUGUUUGGAUUAGGGAUAUUGAUUGAUGGGUACAUCAUCUGGGUCUAACAUCCACCAACAAUCUUCGUCCAAAAUGCUACCUCCGCGUCAGCAACCACGGCCUGGAGGACUACAAACUUCUCUGUCUCUCGUCUCUUCAGAUGCCCGCCUCUCCCCUGAGGAACCCAGAUCAAAUUCUGAUCAAAUUCGUGAAUCCCCUACUGAGAGUGCUAGUUCUCGAGAAACUUGGCCUACUGCCGAUGCAAUUAUGGCAAAGAAGAUGAUGGAGAAUGGGAAAGGGGAGAAUGAUUGUCCUGAACAGUCGGUUAUUCGCCGUGUUUCUAUUGCAGAUAAGAUAUCUCUUCGGGAGAUAGCGAGAGAGAGAGUUGAUAUAAUUUCUGAAAAGAUGCACCGUUUACCUGAUGAGUUUCUAGAAGAGUUGAAGAAUGGACUCCGAGGUAUCCUUGAAGGCAAUGGUGGUUCGCAGCAAAGAGAAGAGUUUUUGAUGUUGCAGAAGCUUAUCCAGAGUAGGACUGACUUAACUGCUAAGACGUUGAUUAGAGCUCACAGAAUACAACUUGAAAUUCUUGUUGCAAUAAAUAGUGGGAUUCAGGCAUUCUUGCAUCCUAGUAUCAGUCUCUCUCAGACUUCGCUGAUUGAGAUCUUUGUUUACAAGAGAUGCAGAAAUAUAGCAUGCCAAAACCAGCUCCCAGCUGACGAUUGUACUUGUGAGAUAUGCACCAACAGAAAUGGUUUCUGCAAUCUUUGCAUGUGCGUAAUCUGUAACAAGUUUGAUUUUGAAGUUAAUACCUGCCGCUGGAUUGGGUGUGAUUUGUGUUCACAUUGGACUCAUACGGAUUGUGCUAUUCGUGAUGGACUCAUUUGUAUGGGCCCUUCUGUUAAGAGUGGAACAGGCCCAUCUGAGAUGGUUUUCAGGUGCCGGGCUUGCAAUCGGACAUCUGAACUGCUUGGUUGGGUUAAAGAUGUUUUCCACCACUGUGCACCGACCUGGGACCGGGAGGCUCUGCUUAGAGAACUUGAUUUUGUUAGUAGGAUCUUUCGUGGAAGUGACGACCCCCGAGGGAGGAAACUCUUUUGGAAGUGUGAGGAUCUCAAAGAAAAAAUGAAGAGUGGAAUGUUGGAGUCAGCAACAACUUGCAGGGCGAUUUUACUGUUUUUCCAAGAGCUUGCGAUGGACUCUCCAAAGAGUAUGGAAAAUGGGGAAGGUGGACGGCUGAUAGCCCCACAGGAGGCAUGCAGUCGAAUUGCCGACGUGGUGCGGGAGGCCAUAAGAAAGAUGGAAAUGGUGGCUGAUGAGAAGAUGAGAAUGUUUAAGAAAGCCCGCAUGGCUCUUGAGGCUUGUGACCGUGAGCUUGAGGACAAGGCAAGGGAGGUAUCUGAAAUAAAUCUGGAAAGGCAAAAAAAGAAACUGCAGGUAGAAGAGCUGGAGAAGAUUGUCAGGCUUAAACAGGCGGAAGCUGAUAUGUUCCAACUCAAGGCCAAUGAGGCAAAAAGAGAGGCUGACCGGCUUCAGAGGAUUGCUCUUGCCAAAUCUGACAAAUCAGAGGAAGAAUAUGCUAGCAGUUACCUGAAACAACGAUUGAAUGAGGCUGAGGCUGAGAAGCAGUAUCUGUUUGAGAAGAUUAAGCUGCAGGAGAGUUCACGGGCAUCGCAGAGCAGUGGUGGGGGUGACCCUUCACAGAUGUUGAUUUAUUCCAAAAUCCAUGAUCUGAUUUACAAUGUUCCACCUAAGGCAGACAGCCAGCCAACUGAACGCCACCCUUUCAGGACAAAUCCGUGAGGAGCGUUCAUCGAAUAUUACUUAUUAAUUUUACCAUAUAAUUUGUGAAAUCAAUUUGUUGCUGAACUAGUGUGGAAGAGUUGCUGUUUGGUUUCGUGUAAUCUUUUAACCUUUUUUUCUGUGUUUAAGGUGAACAUAUUUAGUAAAAGCCAUUUGGAACUGAAAA